AAUUGCUUAGUCGCAUGGCUCCCCGGGACAGAUACAGCACAGCAAUUUCCCUACCAAAUUCAAUUCCUGGCUUCCAGCUCCCCCCACCCUUCAUUAAUCACUGGUUCUCUAGUGUUCCUUUGUUUUCUUUUUCUUUUUUUAUUUUUUUUUUAAAAAUUAUCUCUUGUUUUGCUAAAUACAGCAGUGUAGUGUUAAUCAAAGAAACAUAAGCAAAAGUGUAGUCAGUAAUGGUGGAUUCUCCUGUGGGACUCCUCCUCUCUGCAGAAGAAGUCUGUAUUUCUGACACCUCCACCCGUGAUCAAAGCACUCACCCUCUCUUGCAUCACAACCCCCGAUGCCUCCUAUGUUUCCUUCCAAUUCCCAAAUGAAAUGAAAAGAUCUUUCUUUGUGUGGCACUAUCAACACUGAAAGCUGCAGCACUGAAACCCCACAGCACCCCAAGGACAAAAUCCCACCCUGCCUCCAGCAUCAUCCAUCACCACUUCUUUCCGUCCUCCCUUCCUUCCUUCCUUCCUUCUGCUUCCCUUAUCUUAUCUACUAAUAAGUACUACACUCUUCACUUCAUAAAUUCCAGAAACUGAAAGACUAAGCAAAUUAACAAGAUGGGCUCUCUUUCUCUACUCUCUUUUUCUUCAGGUCUGGUCUUAAUCAUCCUCCAGCUAAUGUUCUUGCAUGCACACUCUAAAACAUAUUGGAAAGAUGUUUCAGUCUUGAAGCAGCUCAAAGACAGCGUCGACCCCAAGUCGGUGACUCCUGGCUCGUGUUUGAGCUCCUGGGAUUUCGGGGUCGACCCGUGUGAUAAUCUUUUCGGCGAUAAGUUCACCUGCGGCCUGAGGUGUGACGUCGUCCUGCCUUCCGGGAGCCGAGUCACCGAACUCGCUCUUGACCAGGCGGGUUACUGGGGCUCACUCGCUUCUGUUUCCUGGGAAUUGCCUUAUCUUCAGAAGCUUGAUCUCUCCGGGAAUCAUUUCACUGGCGGGAUUCCCGACUCCUUCUCCUACUUGACUCGGCUUCAGCAACUCGGUCUUUCCGGCAACUCGUUCUCGGGAUCGGUGCCUGACUCGCUCGGCGCUCUUUCCAGCCUCGAGGAGAUGUACCUCGAUAACAACAAUCUUGAGGGGACGAUCCCAUCAAGUCUCAACGGGUUGUCUAAUUUAAAAAGGCUCGAAAUUCAAGGGAAUAAGUUCGCUGGCCCGUUCCCUGAGCUGGGCCAACUGGGCAACCUCUAUUUUCUUGAUGCUAGUAACAAUGCCAUCUCCGGGGAGCUUCUUGCCACAUUUCCGGCAUCCCUCGUCGAGCUUUCCAUGAGGAAUAACAGCAUAGAGGGAAGCCUUCCGGCUAGUUUGAGUAACUUGCCUUAUCUACAAGUCUUGGACCUGAGUCAUAACAAAUUCAGCGGGUCAGUUCCCGCGAGCCUGUUCACUCACCCGUCCUUGGAACAGCUGACUCUGUCUUAUAAUCAACUCGGGUGGGUCGAGGCUCCGGCGAAUUCAGGUCUGAAUAGUGAGGUCAUUGCUAUUGAUUUGAGUAAUAAUGAGAUCCGUGGGUUUCUGCCUGGGUUCUUGGGCAUGAUGCCCAAAUUGUCAGCUUUGGCGUUGGAAAACAAUAAGUUGACGGGCAUGAUUCCGACACAAUACGCCCUGAAGGUACUGUUGCCGCAGGGUCAAGGGGUCUCCCAAUUUGAGAGGCUAUUGCUUGGGGGAAACUACUUGUUCGGACCCAUACCGGGGCAGUUUCUGGGUUUGAAACCGGGUUCGGUUACGAUUAAUUUGGGAGACAAUUGCUUGUACCGGUGUCCACUGAGAUUAUUCUUUUGUGAUGGUGGGGAGCAGAAGUCUUUGAUGGAGUGCAAAGCCUUUGCCCCAUUUAUUCCUUGAGAAUAGGUAUAAUGGGGUCUUGUGUUUAUGUUGUAGUAAUUCCUUCAAUUUUUAGAUGGGCAAUUCGUGAUUCUCUUCCCGGGGAGGGAGAGAUUUAUGUGUAUAGUGUAUGAAGUGUGCUUGUGUUAGGGAUGCCAAUGAUAAAUGAUAAUCUUGUACUAGAAAAUUAAUAAAGACGUUGACAUAAAGAAAUAUUUCCAGAUUAUGUGACUCACCUUUCAAUGGAAACAAGGCGAGGUAGUUGAAGAAGACAUGGACUCCCAUCCCAUGUGAUGAUGAUUCAAGAUAGAGAUCAAUGAGGGCCUGAAUCGAAACAGAUAGCAUCAAGGCUACUGUGCCCUUCCCAAUGCCAUUGAUUGACCUGCUAUUUUCUUAUCCUCAGGAAUGCAUUUGUGCAGUUUGUUUAUGCCCGAGGCUAAGACCCACUAGGGAAUUUAGUACAGAAAAGAGAAGAUAUGAUGGACACGAAUUUCAUUCAAUAUUAUGUAUGUUGUUCCAGAGUUUAAGAGAGAGAGUAGAAGAAAUGAUCUCUUUU